AUGCGUGAAGUACGACAUGUUUGAUAUGUGUGAAUAACUCUCCUCCCCAGAAGAUUCGCAUGAAUGUCAUUAAGCAAAAGGAUCUUCCGUCUCCAGCGGGGGUUACCAAGAACAAGAAUAUACGCAUAAUCUCGUUGACUGAUUUCAAGAAGCUCUGCGGAUCAGACAAUCAAACAAAGUCCCUACAAAAAAUACCCGCAUCGUUGGCAAGCUCUGGAAUGGUACGCCAGCUACCCGAUGGCACCAAGCUAGUCAACAUGCGCCAGCUGCAGGCUCGACAGCUAAAGCUCCCGUCCCUGCAAAGACCCUUGGAGCCCACCACCAUAUUAGAAGAGUCCCAGGGUCUGAACGAACCCGUGGCCCUACCUACACUGCCCGCGAACCAUCCCGCGUCCAGUAGUUCGCUCAGGGGACAAGUAGGCACCGUGCAAACGAUACAGCUGCGUCCUUCACUUUCGGCAGGAUCUGGACAGGUGCCAACGAACAACGGGGUGACAGCCGGCAAACCAUUUGUUAGUGCGACAAAGCUGACCUCGGCGAAAUCUCCGAACGUGAUGCCAAUCCUAACGUCUUCCGAGAUUUGUCGUCAGCUGCAUGAGCUGCGGCGCCAAAACGAAGAACUGCGCCGGCGGGCAGACUCCUUUCAGCGGGAGAAAGAGGAGAUGCUGAGGCGCAUCGACCGCCUGGAGCAGAUGGUUAAGGUUAGGACAAUUAGCUAUCUACCUUAA